AUGGCUGCAGGGCAGUGAGGCGGGGUGUCUGGCUGCGGUGUGCAGUGGGUUGUGUGUGAGGAGCAGGAGGAGGACAUGGCCGCGCUCUCUGUGGCUCCGCUCAGGGUUUUCAGGCGGUUGGUGACCGGAAGGACCCGGACACACUGCAGCAGUUUCCGGAGGAGCGCGCGCUCAAUUUGGAAUUCUGCGUUACUCAUUGCUUUACCUCCAGUAUCAUAUCUGGGAUAUGAAACACUCCGGAGAGUGUCUUGGGUAACGGCGGUGUUGGCACUUGACAAAGCUGAGGAAGUUGUAGAACAAGCCGACUACUUAUACAGCUGUGGAGAAACGGAGAAACUUUACCAGCUCCUGCUGCAGUAUAAGGACAGUGAUGAUGCAGAGUUCCUGUGGAGACUGGCUCGAGCUUCACGUGACCUCGCUUUGCUGCCCAUCACCACUACUGCCCAGAAGAAGAAACUCCUUUACGAGGCAUUCGACUACGCCAAAAAAGCCCUGGAGAAAAACGAAGCCUGCUUUGCUGCACACAAAUGGUAUGCCAUUUGCAUGAGUGAUACCGGAGAGUAUGACGGGAUCAAGGUUAAAAUUGGAAAUUCCUUCAUCAUUAAGGAGCAUCUGGAGAGGGCGAUUGAGCUAAAUCCGAAAGAUGCCACUUCUAUCCACAUCCUGGGCUAUUGGUGUUUUGCCUUUGCUGAAUUGCCAUGGUACCAGCAGAAAAUCGCAGCAGUUCUUUUCGCGUCGCCACCAACUUCGACUUAUGAGGAGGCUUUGGAGUUUUUCCUGAGAGCUGAGAAAGUGGACCCAAAUUUCUAUAGCAUGAAUCUUUUGAUGCUUGGGAAGACGUACAUGAUGCUCCAGGACCAGGAGAAAGCUGUUCUUUGGCUUAACAAAGCACGAGACUAUCCUGCUAUUACAGAAGAGGAUAAACAGGUUCACAAAGAAGCACUUGAUCUGCUCAAGAAGCUCAAAGGCUGAUGGAAGGAAACAUCUGUGUCAACAAAUCUAAUGCCUUAUUUUAUUUCUAUUGCAAUAACUAACAGGGAACAAGGAACUUUAAUAUUAGUGUCGUGUUCAAAAUAAGCUUGUGUUGUAGACAUGUAAUAAAUUAGUGAUUUGAAUUGCACUGAAGGUAAUUUGACAUUGCCUGAACGAUUAUCCUAUGAUUUGAAAGUUUAGAAAAAUAGGUUUAUUAAAUAUGGUUCUUAUCUCCGAGACAAUGAAGUUAUUUGCUGAAGGCAAAGUGAACAUUAGCGAAUAAUAACAGAUGAAGUCCGUUAUUAUUCACUGAGCCUGAGGCAGAUAAUUGUUAGUAUAAAUACACAGGUGAUUUAAAAAAAAAAAAAAUUCAGACUUUAAUACAUUUGCAUGCCGUUUUUAAAGGCGCGGCUCAGACCAGUCACUUAUCUAUGCCGCGUCACAUAAAAUACUUUUAUCGAUUUCAAAAAAUAAAUCACAAUUCCACCUUACCUUUGAAUAGUUUUAGACCAAACUUCGUAGCAUCUUUAGGAACAGCAUUAUCUUUUGUAACAUGUAAUUCUUCCUCACUUACGGUGACAAAGCGAUUGGCCGCUGAGUCACUCGAGCCGAUUAUCGAGAAAGUCCGAAGUUCUCGACCAAUCAACGCGCUCAAUUUUCUAUAGUCACCUGCGUAUUUCUACUAAGAAAGGAUUAAUGGUAUCAUAACAUGCUGUUUAUUCUCUUUAAUGGAUUACUGAAUAAAUUUCUUUGAAAUUA